CGCGUCCCGCGCUCCGCACGGGUAACGCUUGCCAACCUCGCAGCCCUCCCGGGGUCGUCGCGGGCGAGAUUUCCGAGCUCCCGACGCGCUCGCGGCUCCGCUCAGCCCUGACUUCCGAGGGCCCGCGUCGGCCGCUCCGCCCGUUUCUGGAAACUUUAGUUCCGGCGCUCGGACUUAGGAGGAUUGUGGUGGGGUUUCCGAUGCUUUACGUUUUCUGCGGGGUUUGGGCAGUCCUUGGGGAGCCCCGAAACCGAAGUCCGCGGUGUAUUUAGGGGCUGGGAGUGGAACCUCAGGAGCCUGCGAGCCGCCUGAGGGCUUGGGCCGCUCUCCUCGGCGGAUGACCGGCGCCGGCAGCCUCAGAGAGCCGGGGGCCUGCCUCCACCGCUAAGGGUGCCCUGGGCUGCUGGGGUCCGAGUCUCUGCCCUGCUCCACCCCUUCUCACAAAGCCCCUCCACCUUCCUGAGGAGCUCCCUUCUACCCAUCUUCCUGUCCCCAGCCUUGUACUACUUCUAUUUUCCGUAUUAUUUAUUUAUCCUGGUUAUUGGUCAGAGUUUCUCUGACCCUUUCACUCUGGAAUAGGUUCCAGAGGAGUCACUCGCACGGGAAAAUUAUUAGAAUAGAAAAUCCCAGAGGUCACAAAGUUCAGAUCCCCAUCCCAUGCUUGGAGCCCUCAUAGAGCAGCCUCACAACACGCUUGGUUUUUUCCUCAACUGCACCACCACCUGCGGUUGCUGAUUCCGCCUCUAGCUUACGUGGAACCCAACCAUGUGUAUUUCUCUGUAGCUCUGCUCUCUUGGCCUGGGAAUGCUGCUCCUGGCGCCCAUUGGAUAGAAUAGGGACAGUCCUGUUGUGUGAAGGGCAUGGGUCUCUGCUAAUCAGGCCCGUUCCUUCCAUGACCUGUGCAGAGCCCUGCGCCAGCCCCUCUGCCCACUGUUCCAGGACAGUUGUUCUACAUCCUCCUUCCCAGUGCCCGAGGUGUUCCACCCAGGGAAGGACAUUUCAAAAAUAAUUUCUUUUGCUUUACCUUAUGGCCCUGCCUGCUCCUCCUCUCACUCCUGCCAUGGUUUCUUUGGCAGCUCAGGUCUAGCAUUUAAGUCUGGUCCUCUGAAGGCUUUCUUUCUGUUACUCCAGGGUCUUGGGCAGUUUACGAUGGCUUUAACUCUUACUACAGAAUUCCAGAAAUUCCUCUUUGUGGAAGGCACUGCUAGCCUCUGCCUCCGCACCCUGCCCCGUUCUGUUUUAUGGAACACUGCGCCUGCUUUGCUUAUCUACUGCAGUUAACUUUCAAAGAGAUUUCAUCUCUUUGACAUGGACUCACAUACAGGGAGACUGACCUUGUGUCCUGGGUUGCCAGAGACAGUUCUGGCUUAUACCGUUGUCCCACCAUAAUCACUUUCAAAAGAUUCAUGGUUUGUAUAAUCAAGCUUGUCUUUGUCUCUAAGUUAGAUGCACUUAAAUUUGUAAUUAAGAGAGUGGCACGUGGCAGCCCAUGUGAGACUUCACUGGCUCACAGAUUUUAGAGCCACAGACUAAGAAACCAGAAUUCCUCCAAGUCAAUGCUCUUACCCUUCAUGUAGAUAGAGAGCUUUGGGUGGCUUUGCCCCCAGAGGGUAGGGGUUCCCCUCCCACCCUGGCACAGAAAGUCCAAGCUAAUACUAAGAAGUAUGUCUAGUCAAAGUCAUCCCCAGUUACUAUGGGGCUUGGAAGCCAGUACUCCUGUCAUGAUCCAGAGGAAGGUGUUGUUCAAGCCCAGCUCCUUGACUGGUACCUGGCUCCUGGAAAAGUAACUGACGUGGAAGUGUGACCAAAGUUAGGCCUGAGGUGUCCUUGGCUUCCCCAGGAACCAGAGAACUGAGUCCAUGCAGGGACAGUUAGUUUUAAAGAGACUGCAUGUCAGCACUUCUAACUGUCCGAGCAUUAGGCUAAGAGGUAGAACACUGGUUAUCCACUAGGAUGACCAACCAUCUUUGCCUGGGAUUGAGGGGUUUCCUGGUACAUGGGUCUUGCAGUUUUAAGACCAGAAAACCUCUAGGCAAACUGGGAUGAAUUGAUUACUCUCUCUCAACCCUGGCUGCAUGUUAGACUCUUGAUGACCCUCUCAUUUAGAGUCUAAUUUAAUUGAUUCAGGUAUUUGUACUUUUUUUUUUAAGCUUUCAAGUUGAUUCCAGCAAGCUACCAGAGUUGAGAAUUACUUGGCUGUAGACAGUGUUUCUAAUAACCAUUGAAGUUGUUUGUUUUUUGAGCAGAGGCGGACCCAGACAUCUCUCAAAGGGGUAUAUGACCCUGUGUUUUGGUCUUAACCUUAUCAAGAGGGACAUCAAGCUAGCAGUUGCCUACUAUUACUAUUAUCUGUCCCCACCCCCAGCCCUUCUUUCCUACUGGUGAGGACCAAGCUUUCUCUUUUCCUGGCAUACUCUGAUACCCUCUCCUUCAGGAUAGGAGGUUAGUGGAAUUGCCUCAUUUUGAUUGGUGGAAUCAUGAUUUGCACAGUUGCAGAUGAAGCUGGCGUGAGACUUGAGAUAGGACUGCCAUCUCUAGGUCUGGGACACGUGCCCCCAGAGAGUGAUGGUCCAGAGGCUAACUGUGGAGCUGUGUGUGCUUUGGCUUUGCCCCGUGGGAUGUGGGAGCUUUGAAACCAGGUGCCUCUGGGACUGUCCCCUCUGCAGGCUUCCAGGAUCAUGUGGUACGUUAGCACCAGGGGCAUGGCCCCACGGGUCGACUUUGAGGGGGCCCUCUUCUCUGGCUAUGCAUCCGACGGAGGCCUCUUUAUGCCUGAGGAGCUCCCACAGUUGAACAGAGAGACCCUGUGUCAGUGGAGCACACUCUCCUAUCCUGGCCUCGUGAAGGAGCUGUGUGCCCUCUUCAUUGGCUCUGAGCUCAUUCCAAAAGAUGACUUAAAUGAUCUGAUUGACCGAGCCUUCAGCAGAUUCCGUCACAGAGACGUGGUCCAUCUCUCCAGGUUGAGGAAUGGGCUGAACGUGUUGGAGCUGUGGCAUGGCGUCACGUAUGCAUUUAAGGACCUGUCCCUGUCCUGCACAGCACAGUUCCUACAGUACUUCCUGGAGAAGAAGGAGAAGCACGUCACUGUGGUCAUAGGAACAUCUGGGGACACAGGAAGUGCUGCCAUUGAGAGUGUUCAAGGGGCAAAGAAUGUGGACAUUAUUGUUUUGCUGCCCAAAGGUCACUGCACAAAGAUUCAGGAGCUCCAGAUGACAACGGUGCUGAAGGAGAAUGUCCAUGUGUUUGGAGUGGAGGGAAACAGUGAUGAGCUUGAUGAGCCGAUAAAGGCCGUGUUUGCUGAUACGGUUUUUGUCAAGAAGCACAAUCUGAUGAGCCUGAAUUCGAUCAACUGGUCCCGGAUCCUGGUGCAGAUGGCCCACCACUUCUUUGCUUACUUCCAGUGUGCACCGUCCUUGGACACGCAUCCCCUACCCCUGGUGGAGGUGGUUGUGCCAACAGGGGCUGCUGGUAACCUUGCAGCUGGGUACAUUGCUCAGAAGAUAGGCCUGCCCAUCCGUCUGGUUGUGGCAGUGAACCGCAAUGACAUCAUCCACAGGACUGUCCAGCAGGGAGACUUCUCUCUGUCUGAGGUUGUUAAAUCAACCUUGGCAUCAGCUAUGGACAUUCAGGUGCCCUACAACAUGGAAAGGGUAUUCUGGCUGCUCUCUGGCUCUGACAGCCAGGUGACAAGAGCCCUCAUGGAGCAGUUUGAAAGGACCCAAAGUCUGAAUCUGCCCAAGGAACUGCACAGCAAGCACUCCCCGGUGCUGCCUGGCCCCUGCCUCUGCAGCCAAGUUCCCGGAAGCUGUCCUGGCUGCUGGCCUGACCCCUGAGACUCCUGCAGAGAUCAGAGCCCUGGAGCACAAGGAGACACGCUGCACCCCGAUGCGGAGAGGUGACACCUGGAUGCUGAUGCUUCGGGACACCAUUGAGGACCUUAGCUGGCGGUGGAAGGGACAUGUUCUGAACGCCUCCCAGUAGCCUGGCUGGAGGUGGCUUCCUUUAGGCCUCAGAUCCCAGGGAGGCUCACCCUCUGAGCUGCCUUGUGCACCCUGCCGAUUAAGCAUAGGUUAGGAGGUUCCUGGGAGGCUGAUUAGCUGGGUCUGGAGCCAGCUGGCUUUGCUCUGUUCCCUGGCUUCUCUGCCUGGUCAUGAGGGAGGCUGAGUGAGGGGAUGUGAACAGUUGCCAGAAGCAUCCCCUUCCUCCCUGGCCCAAGCAGCAGUGUCACAGCUGUAGUGAAGGUUUCAUGGCCUGCAAAAGAAGAGCCUUGGGCACAGGAUUGACAUGGCUGCAGGGUUUAGGACCUCAGACCUGUGAAGGUGGGGGUGGCUCACCCCCUUCAUGCAGGCUUUAUAUGUCUCUGAGCCUUAGUUGAUUUGGCCCCCCCAAACCAAAUCCAAAGCUUCUGGCCCGCCUUGUCAGAGACUUCCACCCUGUUCACAUGUUGGGAAUCCCUGGAAUAAAAUGUUUGUUCAGUGUGA